CUCUGGAAGCAGUACAUCCGUGACCUGUGCAACGGGCUCAAGCCAGACACGCAACCACAGAUGAUUCAAGCGAAGCUCCUGAAGGCGGAUCUUCACGGUGCUAUUAUUUCAGGUAAUUUCUGUGAGAGCAUAUGGUCAUCUGGAGACUGUUACUCAGUGGCAGUACUCAGCCUGGCAUCUGUCACUUGGCAUCCUGAGGUUUCUCUAAGUUACAAGCAUAUUGUUCCUCAUCCUUUUUCCUUUCUUCUUUUCCAUUCAGUUAUCCCCAAGCUAAAUUGUGUGUUCACCAUAGAAAUUGAUGGCUUCAUUUCCUACAUUUAUGGAAGCAACUUCCAGCUUCGGUCAAGUGAGAGAUCUGCCAAGAAGUUCAAAGUAAAGGGAACAAUUGACCUGUGAACUCUGCCACUGGUGACAGAUGUUCCUGGCAGCUGAGAACUGGAAACACCUUAAAUAUCCACUUUUCCAUGAAGCACUUUCUGGCUGUAGCCCGUCUCGACUCCAGGGAAAAAAGAGUGGCUGAAGAACAUUGAACAACAAAGGAGGAAGUCAGGGAUAGAGAUUUGUCUCUCUAUGGAGGAAAGACUAGCAGAAAAUACACCAGGACUAACCUUGGGUGAUUUGAAGAAGGUGGCCAUUAGGUUCUGUCUUUCAUACUUUCCUGUAUUUCUGGAACACUCUGUGCUAAUAAUGAUAUAUUUGGAUAUCUUAGUUCCAUUUUGGCUGCUAUAUUUUUAACCUUUCUACUGUGUAAGACCAGAUGAGGUCUUUCUGCACGUGGCCAUUGGAACUGGCUGCAGGUCAGGACCAGCAUUAAAAAUGGCUGGGGUCCAGCUACUCUGUGCCGGUA